GUCAAUACCUCAACAACUAUGAUUCAAAGAACAAAAACAAUCAAAACUACAACUAUAACACGAAUUCAAAUAAUUUUGACAGCUUUUACCCCAACCUUGAUCCCUCAAUACUAAGCCCCAACCGAUCUGUCAACGCUGUCAACACUGGCGUCAAUCGAAACAAUACUUUGGUCUUUUGUACAACCUCUAAAGCAGAAUACGCAAAAUGUAACGCCUUCUCUGUGGCAGUCGAUCGAGAGAUCGGUCAAUUCGGCCGUCAUUACGUUGCGGUAAGCUGUUACGCAGCUUCUAAGAAUGAAGAAUGCAUGACUCUUCUGGACUAUGAGACCGUACACUUGACAACAUUGGACGCUGGAGAAGUAUUCAUCGCUGGUCGCUAACACAGUUUAGUCCCAAUAAUGCAGGAAGUAGAUCUGAAUCGCCUUCAGAUCCAAUAUGCAGUCGCAGUGAUUAAGAAAGAGACUUUAAGUGAUGUGUCAUUCCUGCAUGAUCUUCGAGGCAAAAAGGCCUGCUUUGCCGGAACUGAGACUCUAGCUGGUUGGAUAAUUCCUCUUCACACGUUGAUGAAGCACGGUGGUCUCGAAGUAAUCGACUGCAAUGAUCACGUAAAAUCGACGAUAAACUAUUUCGGACCUUCAUGUGCAGUCAACUCCCUGGUCAAUCGCUACAACCCAUUGGGUGACAAUUCGGACCAACUUUGCAAGCUUUGUAUCGGAGAAAUUCCUGGAGGAAGAUGUACCAACGCAGAUCCUUAUGCUGGGUACGAAGGAGCCUUCAGAUGUUUGAUCGAAGCUGGUGAAAUAGCUUUCUUAUUGCACUCUACAAUUGACGAAGUUUUGACUUCAAAUUUUAAUUACAACUCCGUAAAAAAAUCUGACUUCGAACUCCUGUGUCCGGAUGGCAGCCGCUCGGAUAUUGAUAAUUAUCGGAACUGUCACUGGGAUCAGGUUCCUACGCGUGCAAUCGUGGUCUCCAGUGCAAUAAAACUAGAAACCAGGCGAUUAUACCAGAAGUUCUUUGAAAAAGCUGCUAAAUUAUUCAGCAGGGGCUUCGUUGCCAAUUCAACCCGAACUGGAGAUAACUUACCCAGUGGAAAUGAUCGAUUUGAUAACCGGUUCAAUAAUAAUAAUUACAAUAACGAAGGAUACGGAGUGUUUGGAAAUGAAACAAACCGAGGAUUCCGUGACGAGAAUAGAGAGCAAGUGAAUUCAAAUUCAAAUUAUGAUACCAGCAGUAACAGCAACUGGAACGACCCGUUGGCAGUCAGGCCGUUGGAAGUCUUCGAUUUAUUUGAAAGUGCUCCUAAAUUUGGAAACACCCAUAAUCUAUUGUUCUCGGAUAGUGCAAGAGAUUUCAUAUCAUUGCCCGAAAAGGACCAGACUUAUGCGUCUUAUUUGGGAAAGAAAUCCGAAGAUGCUAUUCUGGGAGUGAGGAGCUGCCCGAUCGAGAGGAUGAAACUUUGUGUCACUUCGAAGCCUGAAAUUGAUAAGUGUGUUAAGAUGAAGGUUGCGAUGAAGGCGCAGUUGUUAAAACCGGAGCUUGACUGCGUUCUUCAACACAGUCAGAUCAAAUGCAUGCAAGCUAUUGAGAAUGGCAUUGCAGAUGUUGCGGUUCUCGAUGCCGGGGAUGUCUACACAGCCGGUUUGAUGUACAAUCUAGUGCCUUUUAUGGCCGAAGUCUACAACUUACCAACCCCCGAGUACUACGUGGUAGCAGUAGCCAAAGAAAACGAUCCAAGCACUGACAUAACUUACUUGAAAAACAAAUAUACCUGCCACACGGGAAUCAACACUGCCGCCGGUUGGAUCUACCCCUUAGCCUACAUGAUCUCCAACCAAUGGAUCCGUGGAUACGGAUGCGAUUCAAUCCGCGCAGCCGCUGAGUACUUCACCAAGUCUUGCGUACCUGGUGCGUUGAGUACAGAGUACAACAUCGGAGUGCCCUAUGACAACAUGUGUGAUCUCUGCCAUGGAUUGAGUUCCCAUUACUGCCGUCGUGACGCAACUGAAGACUAUUUUGGUCACACUGGUGCUCUUCGGUGUCUAGUAGAAGGUGGUGGAGAAGUUGCAUUCGUAAAACAUACCACAGUAUUCGAGAAUACUGAUGGCAAACGCAAGGAGUUCUGGGCCCGAAACACUUUUACAAAGGACUUUGAACUCCUCUGUCCAGAUGGUACACGAAAGACAACGUUGGAGUAUGAGACCUGUAAUCUGGGCAAGGUCAAAUCCAACGCCAUUGUAGCACGGGGUGGAGAGUAUGGCUUCAAUCAUACCGAGAUUAAUGCGUACAUCAAUUUGUUUGUAUACGCCCAGCAGUUCUACGGAAGCAAGGAAGCUGAUGAGUUCAGCUUCAGCAUGUUUUCCAGCAUUCCACCCUAUACGGAUCUUAUAUUCCAAGAUGCCACGCAGCAGUUAGUUAUUAUUCCUAGUGAAAUGAGAGAGUUCAGUAGGUAUUUAGGACCAGAUUUCAUGCGUGCUAGGAGAAUUGUCGACUGUGCUGCCGGUGCCAGUACUAUUGAGUACUCGAUACUCGCUUUAUUGAGCGUUGGAGUAGCUUUACUUCUUAGUAGAUAGACUUGUUAGUGUUCAAGGGGACAGGUAGAGAGAAAUCAAGCCGUUAUCAAAAAUCCUGAGGUUAAAAUUGUUUUGAUAUCGUGCACGGAGAGAAAUGUUUCGUAAAUACUCCUAUUGCGAUAAAAAAGUUUAGUAAAUACUACUUUGCUAUCUAGUACUAAGUCCACGAAAAAAAUGAGCAUCUGAAAUUAUACUAUUUUGUAUGGUGAGAUUUACGUUACGGAUAGGAAGGGCUCCUGUGUUGCCAAGAGAUUAUUUUUAAGUAAAGUUUAUGUUGCUUUAUGUAGAUUUACCUUCCCUGUAUGAGAGUAGUUUCCUAAACAGCACGGUAAGAAUUACUGUGCUGAGUAGCUGCUAUCUCUCUGCAGUGACGCCAGCGCUGCUAAGCAGUCAUAAGUCUUAGCUAUGGCAGUGAAUUACUCAAGACAAUUCUUCGACGAUACUCCCCACUUUUUUAAAAUUUUUAAUGAUCAUGAAUUUUUAUAACUAUUUUAGAAACUUCAUUUAUUAAUUAAAAAAAAAUUCGAGCAAUAAUUUAAAAAAUAAAAACGUAAUUAUAAAUUCACCGGGAUAUAUA